AUGCUCAGCAUUCCGAAUGCAAUGUGGAUGGACAGCAUGACUUUUGCAUCGGAUCUGCCAAGGCGACAAGCCAAGGCGACCAGAAGGGUGUCGCCGCGUUUCAAGCAAACGCGCGGCGAAACCAACACAUCAACACCCUCUCCACGCUCGGCUCAGCCGGGCAGCAGCACCGCGUUGCUGUGCGCUGCUGCGCGUUCGAAUUUCAAGCCGGAAUGCCCAGAGACGCGCCCACUCUCCGCGACGCGACUCAGCGAGCGAGCGUCUGAGCGUCUGGGCGCCGAGCGGCUGUCGGGCUCUCUCGCCCCACGCGACAUCUGCGAGGCAGGCGGCGCAAAGCGAGUGUGCGCAGGCGGCCGAGCGAGUCUCGGAAGUCGCGACUGGAAGCGGGCGACUUCCGACUCGUCCCCCGACGCGCUCUCCUCGCCCAAACGCUCAUUCUUGCGCUCGCCAUCCGUUCUUCUUGCCGCUGGCCCUCCCUAG